AUGCGCUUAAUCCAGGCCACCGCUAUUGCCUUUGGUCUGCUUGACCUCGCCAUAGCUCACAGCGACUGGCCACCAUUCAACUCAUGCAUCUGCCCGGGGAAGAUGUGGUGCCACGGCGAUACUCCCCAGUGCACCCCGGACAACACCAACGCCACCCUGACCCAAUGCUGUGCCUCGGGUCAAAUCGCCCUCUACGGAAAGUGUGUCAGCCGGGGAUCCCAGGCCUGCCCGGACGGCGAGACCAUUUGCUCUGGCUCCGAGUCCCAGUGCGCCGUCGACAACAACGACAAAAGCAUCUGCUGCGCCGCGGGUCAAAUCGCCCUCAAUGGAAAGUGCGUCAGCCGGGGAUCUAAUCUCUGCUCGGACCGCGAGACGAUUUGCUCCGGCACCGAGUCCCAGUGUUCCAUCGACACCAGCGGCAAGAGCAUCUGCUGCGCCCGCGGCCAGGUCGCCGUCUCGGGAAAAUGCGCCGAGCCGGGCUCGAAUGCCUGCUCAGACGGAAAGACUGUGUGCUCUGGCAAGAAUUCGCAGUGCACUGUUGAUGUGACCGUCUUUGUCGGCAAGGACGGCGGCGCUGUUGCCGACACUGUUUGCUGUGAACCAGGCCAGAAGGCCAUCAACGGUAAAUGUUAUGAUGGCAAGGCAAAGAUCAUGCCCUGCUACCGUGGCCCCUGUGAUUGGAGCCAGAAUGUCUACUGUGCCUGGAACGCUGGCAACGGCGACUCUAGGUGCUGCAAGACGAAUGAGUACUACGCGGGCAACUCGUGUGUCAGGAAGCGAUAG